GCCCGCCGGCCGGCCGGGCACAGGCUUCCGCGGGAGCGUGGCGCGCCCCGAGCCGGGCCCAGCUGCUGCCCUCCCGCCCCGUGCCCUGACGCAGCGCCCCGCCCUGAGGGGUUGCCACUGGGAGCCCGCGGCCGGAGAGACACGCGUGCGCUUCGGCGAGUUGGGCACAUGCCCGUUACUGCCUGCGGGUCACUGCACACGCGAGCUACAUGGAGACAGCGUGGGAGUCGCUGAACGUGCUGUGGGGAAGCUGCAUGCCUGUACACACACACAUUGGCAGAUUUGCCAUCAGGAGGUUUUAAACAGGAUUCCGUGCCGACUGCCUCUUCUUAUCUGCAGGCUGCAGCGGGGAGGCUAAGAUGCUGACGACCGAAGGCUCCCCCCUGCCCAGGAAGGGCUGUAUCAUGCACCCUGGCACUUUUUCAUUGUUAAGUGUGGCCAAUUAAUCCAUGUGGGAAAUGUUCCAGCAGAAGAAUAGAGGCACCGUCCAAGCUGUUCAUCACUCAGCUGCUAGGAGAGCAGUCAGAUCCCUCAGAAAAGCUAAGAAGGAUGGACUCACAAAGGGCACUGCUAGACACGGACUCUGAUACAUUGACGUGACACGGCUAGUUGUCUGUUGGAGUCGGCACAAUAAGUCCACGGGGAAUAUGUUACAUUUCCUUGGGUUUACACCAUGAAAUGGCACCAGUGUUUCUAACUGGACAAUAAAGUGUGGUGGAUGGGUUUUCUGUAACUUAACCCAAACCAGCAUGGCGUCAGGUGCAAGAACAAAGCAGCAGCAUCCAGUCUCCCCCAGCAAACAGCACUGGCAGGAUCAAACAGAGAACUUCAGGUCCAAAAGUUUGCCGGCUCUGAACAGGUCUACUCCUCGGAUUACUACAACACAAAGCAUCUUGUUUGAGGCAAAGCAGAGUUUCUUGCACAGUUUCCAAGGGAGGUCUGAUCUGAGAUGUGGCCUUGACACCGACAAAUCAGCUCACAUUAAUGGUGCUGCUGCUGCUUCUGGGACUGUGUUUUCUUUUGCAGCCUCCAGCUUUUCAGGGGUCGGGAGUUUCACAGAGAGGACAGACUGUAAUAACUUUGCUGGCGCAAGCAAAGGUGUUUCCCCAGCUUCCACGUUGCUACCCCUUCCAGGUAGAAAGUGUCUCAGCGUGGUGUUGACAGAUUCCCGUUGCUUCUUGGUGUGCAUGUGCUUUCUGACCUUCAUUCAAUCCUUAAUGGUCUCUGGGUAUCUGAGCAGUGUUAUUACCACCAUUGAGAGGAGGUACAGUUUGAAAAGCUCUGAGUCUGGGCUGCUGGUCAGCUGUUUUGAUAUUGGUAGCCUGGUGGUCGUGGUGUUCAUCAGUUACUUUGGAGGGCGCGGAAGGAGGCCACUCUGGCUUGCCGUAGGUGGGUUUUUCAUUGCUCUUGGGGCUGCACUUUUUUCUUUACCUCAUUUCAUCUCUCCAUCAUAUCAGAUCCAAGAAUUGAACUCUUCCCUCUCUAAUGAGGGUUUGUGCAUGACUGGUAAUAAUACCGCCAAAGACCAUUUGGAGUCACCGACCUGUGUCAAGGACUCAGGUGGAAAUGACCACUCCCUCUAUGUAGCUUUAUUCAUUUGUGCCCAAAUUCUCAUUGGUAUGGGCUCCACACCUAUCUAUACCUUGGGACCAACCUACUUAGAUGACAAUGUCAAGAAAGAAAAUGCAUCUCUGUACCUAGCCAUCAUGUAUGUAAUGGGAGCACUUGGUCCUGCAGCAGGAUAUUUACUUGGAGGAGUUCUUAUCGGUUUUUAUGUUGAUCCUCGAACGACUGUUUAUAUUGACCAGAGUGACCCUCGCUUCAUUGGAAACUGGUGGAGUGGAUUCCUUCUUUGUGCCAUUGCAAUGCUCCUUGUCAUAUUCCCAAUGUUUACUUUCCCUAAAAAGCUCCCACCUCGACAUAAAAAGAAGAAGAAAAAGAUUAGCUCUGAUGAUAUUUCAAGUGAUGAUGACGUCAUGAAAGAGAAAACAAACAGCAAAAGACAAGUGGAUAGCUCGGUUCCUGCUUCUAUGGGAUUUGGAAAGAAUGUUAAAGAGCUUCCGCAAGCAGCUGUCAGGAUCUUAAGCAACAUGACAUUCCUUUUUGUGAGUUUGUCAUACACAGCUGAGAGUGCCAUUGUUACUGCUUUUAUUACCUUCAUUCCCAAGUUCAUCGAGUCACAGUUUGGCAUCCCAGCUUCCAAUGCCAGCAUCUACACUGGUGUGAUUAUUGUCCCAAGUGCUGGUGUUGGCAUUGUGCUAGGUGGCUACAUUAUAAAAAAACUCAAACUUGGUGCAAGAGAGUCUGCAAAGCUGGCUAUGAUCUGCAGUGGCGUGUCUUUGUUGUGCUUUUCAACGCUUUUCAUUGUUGGAUGUGAAAGCAUUAAUUUAGGGGGUAUAAAUAUACCAUACACUACCGGUCCUACACUCACUAUGGCACAUAGAAAUCUGACAGGCAGCUGUAAUGUUAACUGUGGAUGUAAAAUUCAUGAGUACGAGCCCGUUUGUGGAUCAGACGGAAUAACAUACUUCAAUCCAUGUCUGGCUGGCUGUAUCGGUGCUGGAAAUCAUAGCACUGGGGUAAGAAAUUAUACUGAAUGUGCCUGUGUCCAAAGCCGCCAAGUUAUCACACCACCAACUGUGGGACAACGCGGUCAGCUCAGGGUGGUUAUUGUCAAGACAUACCUGAAUGAGAAUGGCUAUGCUGUGUCUGGGAAGUGUGAUCGGACUUGCAGUACACUUAUCCCAUUCCUAAUAUUUCUUUUCAUAGUUACCCUUAUAACAGCAUGUGCUCAGCCAUCAGCAAUCAUAGUGACACUCAGGAGCCAAAGGGGAGGACAUCUGGAGACACCCAGGACUGUACAGGCAAAACAAACUGAAAAGACU